AUGCAAAUGACCUGCAACUAUUAUAAGAAACCAGGUCACUUUGAGAGACAAUGCUCAAUAAGGAAUAUUCUGGAAAUAAAGGAUUCACAAAAUCCGUUAGAAUGUUACGGAGUAACAGAGGAAGAGCAAAACAAGCUCGACAACUACGAGGAGUUGCCUUUUUUUAACGCGUUUGAUAGGUACCAUUUAACUGAGAACUUCAUUUACGUAGACAAUAGAAAGUUACCCCUGUAUGAGGAUGGUACAUUUUUACCUGGUAAUACAGCACAAAUAACCCGGAUAAAAGUAAUUGACAAAGAUCAAGACAUUUACAUAGAAAAUGACAAAUUAAUCCCUGACGGCAUUUACAAAAUAGAAAAUCAAGAGUUAUUUGUACCCCUGUACAAUUAUGAUAAAGACCCGUUGAUAAUACAACAAAAAAUCAAGUACGAAGCAAUAGAGCAAAUUAAAGAAACAAAUAGAAUGAGUGCUACUUCAGUAGAAAAAACUAGUGAUAUUUACAUCCUCGAAGGACAUCCGUUUCCAUGUACUGAUCUAGUGGAACAUGAAAUCGGUGUAAAAACAGGAAAAAUAGUAAAUUUAAAAUCCUAUCGUUCUCCUGAAUGCCAUAAAGAUGAAAUAAAAACUCAAAUGCAUGAAUUGAAGGAAAAAGGUGUCAUAAGAGACUCAAAAUCACCCUUCAAUUCACCGCAUUUUCGCAAGAAGGAGACACCUUUUGACUGGCCAACAAAUUGUCAAGAAUCUUUUUACAAAAUAAAAGAGCUAUUAUGCUCAGCACCGGUUUUGAGAUUUUCAAACUACAAAGAGAAAUUCACUUUAACGACUGGCGCAUCGAAUCACGGAAUAGGUGCAGUAUUAUCCCAAAACGGUCGCCCCUGUUGUUACAUAUCAAGGACGUUGAACAAAGCCGAGAUUAAUUAUAAUACAACGGAGAAGGAACCAUUAGCAAUAGUUUGGGCAUGCAAAAGGUUAAGACAGUACCUUCUUGAAAGAAUGUUUAUAAUUCAAACGGACCACCAGGCAUUAAUAUGGCUACACAACGUGAAAGAUCCCUCUUCACGAUGGUUAAGUUGGAGAUUACGCUUGAAGGAAUAUCGUUACAUUGUCGAGUACGUAAAAGGUAAGGAAAAUAAAGUCGCAGUUUGUCUAUCUAGACUAUUUCCAAUUCAAAAAGAAGAAGAUUCUCUACAAAAUACACCAGAAGAAGUUGAGUCGGACGUGGAAAGAGGGGAGGAAUUAAUAGGAGAAGAAACAGCGAGUACGUAUAGAGAGGAGAAUGUUUUACCAGAAGCGUCAACAAGUGCUUCCUGCCUUCGCAUCGAUGCAGAUCUACUCAUCUCGGAUGACGAAGGGUUGACGGAUGGAGGAGAAAAUUUACACAAAGAAUAUAAAAAAUAG